AACUGUUAAGCAAAAUUUAAACGUUCCUUGCAAUGAUCUUGAACAACCUUUUGACUUCAAGUACACAAUACUUUGCGAAAACGAAACCGCGCGCGAAUGGAGAGAAAAGGGCUUUCUUCUGUGGCUAGAAGAAAAUG